AUGUACAAUCCAGUCGCUUUCUCAGCAGGUAAUACAGCAGGAACAUCAACAGCAUCACCUGCUCCAUCCGUGCCUUCAUCGACGAAUAGUGCGACAAAUACUGGUACUGGUAGCAGUAGUAGAGCAUCGGCGACUACAGCGGCAUUAGGAAUGACCAAUAGUGCUAGUGCAAAUUCAGCCACUAUGAGUGCUCCUUCUCAAGGUAGACGUAGAAGAGGUUCUGGUUUGAACUCGUUCCUAAAUUCAUUUGGAAUUAGACAGAAUAGUAAUAACAAUAGUAAUAACAAUAAUAAUAGCAGUGGUAGUGGUGGCGCCCCGAAUUUACAUGGUGCUGGUAACACCAAUAAUCCAUUUUUAAAUUUUGGCCAUUCUCGUGGUAAUAGUGGUAGCAACAACAGUACUAAUGCAGAAAUUGGUGUCAGUGCAGUUGCCUUUGAAAGGCAUUCACAACCACCACAUGGAUUAUCGCAUGCUCCUAGUUUCCACGAAUUACCAAUUUCUAUUUCGUUAACUGCCCAACAGGAAUCUACUGUUCCUAAUUUGCAACCAAUACCACAAAACAAUACAGUUUCAGCGUCAAGUUCGCCAUUGGGAAACUCAGGUACUUUGCAAAGGGAUCAGAGCGGUUCAUCUCCACAUAACAAUCACCACCAACAGCAGCAGCGAUCAUUGUCACAGCAACCUCCCCAGCCAUUGCAACAGCCACAAGCGGGUGUCCCCAUCGCAGGUAUCGAUCCAAUUCAUCCAGAGGCUCAUACUUAUAAUGGUACUACUUCAGGUGGUUUUACGCAUACCCCAAAUACAGAUGGAGUAUCCCCAUUGAAGAAUUUGCGGCACUAUAUAUAUGCAGCUGAUCAACCUAAUGCUGAUGAACUAUUAGGUCUUGAUUUAGCUAGAAACGUUAGUUUACCAGAAUCCCUUGAUGAGGAGACUUUACAACAACGUAAGGAUAAACAUGGUCUCUUCAGCAUUAGAUUAACACCUUUUAUCGAUGGAUCGUUUUCUACAAAUCCAGGGUUAUCAUUCGAUCCAGUAAUUAGAACCGCAGGUCCCGGUUCUCAAUUGGUCAUUGGCCGUUAUACUGAAAGGGUUCGUGAAGCAAUUGCAAAGAUACCAGAACAGUACCACCCAGUAGUUUUCAAAUCAAAAGUUGUCUCAAGAACUCAUGGUUGUUUCAAAGUAGAUUCUCAGGGUAAUUGGUUUAUUAGGGACGUUAGAUCAUCAAGUGGUACUUUUUUAAAUCAUCAAAGAUUAGCGCCCGCCUCUACAAUGUCAAAGGAUACUUUAAUUCAUGAUGGUGAUAUUUUACAAUUGGGAAUGGAUUUUAGAGGUGGUACAGAAGAAAUUUACAGAUGUGUUAAAAUGCGUGUGGAAAUUAAUAGAUCUUGGAAGAGAAGAGCAAAUGCAUUUAACAAAGAAGCUCUACAACGUAUAAAAAAUAUUCAAAGGAUGACUAUGGGGCUUGAAGAAGAAGAUUGUUCAAUCUGUCUUUCCAAGAUUAAACCAUGCCAAGCCAUGUUUAUUUCACCCUGUUCUCAUAGUUGGCAUUUUCAGUGUAUCCGCAGAUUGGUUAUGACUUCAUACCCUCAAUUCGUUUGCCCAAAUUGUAGAUGUGCCUGUGAUUUGGAAGCCUCCUUGGAGAGUAGUGAGUCGGAAAGUGAGAUAGAAAGUGAUGGUGGUCAGUUGGUUGACGAAUUAGGGGUAUUGCUAGAGGACCCGAAGGAUGUUAACAUGGGUUGA